AUGUGUAACAGUAGUAACAGAAGUAACACUCUUCAUUGUCUCUGAUAGUAAACAAGCGAGAGAUGCCAUGGUGAAUGCACUGAGGAACUUUGAACUGAGUGAUCCUGAUGUGGGUCAGCUGAGAUGCCUGCUACAUGGACCAGUCGGUGCAGGGAAGUCCAGCUUCAUCAACUCAGUCAACAACGUUUUCCAAGGACGAUCAACACAUAAUGCCCUGGCAUCUGCUGCCACUGGCACCAGCUUCACCAUGAAAGUAAGUUGGUUUGCCUAAUAAAUGUAACUACACCAUUCAGGGAUGGGAAACGGCUUCCUAAUAUACCUUGGUACACUAAGACAUUUCAUGAGCCACAUACAGGCAGAACAGAGACAUGAUGAGAGACAUAUAGAAACAAAGAGUGGUCUUCUGCAGUCUUUUAAAGAGGCCCAGUGCAGCCUAAAUUCCGUUGUUCCUGUGUUUUGUAUCAUAUUGUACAACAGCUGAUAAUAAGAACACUGUAAAAGUGUGAAAAAAUGUGAUCAGUGUUAUUUCCUGAUAGUUGCUAGUUGAAAAUACAAUUUACACAGGACCUUCUAAUCAGCAGGUUUUACAUGGCAGAGUUUUGGAUUGCCUGGUGACAUCAUCAGGCGGUAUACGUUAAUAGACCAAUAAUAACAAAGAGAGUUCCAAACCUCUCUGCCAAUAACAGAUAGUUUUCAGGUUACAUAUCUCUCCCAUUAGGCCCUCCAAUCAGGCCCCUCACUCACACCAGCUCCCAGACAGUCCUAGCAAAAUUCUGUCUUGUGAAAUAGGUUUUUGCUAAAAAGCUAUUUUGGUUUCAUAAUGGAAAACAAUUACAGUAAGGUACUUAAUUGUUACCCAGAAAUGAUUUGAUAUGGCGCUAAAAACGUCUGCAUUGGGUCUUUAAUACAAAACGUAGUGAGUCACAGAUAUGUAGGUUUCAAAAAGUAGGAUCAUGGAAAGGAUAGAUACCUGCACACUGUUGGAAACAUGGAAAAAGAUCCCAAACCUAGGUUCAGAAGCACACAUUUACACUGAGUGUACAAAACAUCCCCCCCAUGAGGCGCCAUCUUAGUAAGAUAACAAUGCGCUAAACCGACUUCCUGAUCUUCAAAUGCGCCAUUGAGAUUUCACAUAGGGAUUAAUUGUUUUAUAUACACUGAGUGUACAAAACAUUAUGAACACCUGCUAUUUCGAUGACAGACUGACCAGGUGAAUCCAGGUGAAAGCUAUGAUCCCUUAUUGAUCCCUUAUUGAUGUCACUUGUUAAAUCCACUUCAAUAAGUGUAGAUAAAGGGGAGCAGACAGGUUAAAGCCUUGAGACAAUUGAGACAUAGAUUUUGUACAGUAUGUGUGCCAUUCAGAGGGUGAAUGGGCAAGAUAAAAAAAAAAAAAAAAAGAAAGCAAGACAAAAGAUGUAAGUGCCUUUGAACGGGGUAUGGUAGUAGGUGCCAGACGCACUGGUUUGUGUUAAGAACUGCAAUGCUGCUGGGUUUUUCACGUGUGUAUCAAGAAUGGUCCACCACCCAAAGGACAUCCAGCCAACUUGACACAACUGUUGGAAGCAUCCCUAUGGAAUGCUUUUGACAUCUUGUAGAGUCCAUGCCCCAACGAAUUGAGACUUUUCUGAGGGAAAAAGAGGGGGGGGGGAGAUUUGAGGGAGGGAGGGAGGGGGGCUGAUGCUGAUUGGCUGACAGCUGUGGUAUAUCAGACCAUAUACCACGGGUAGGACAACAUAUGUAUUUCUACUGCUGUAAUUACAUUGGUAACCAGUUUAUAAUAGCAAUAAGGCACCUCUGGGCUUUGUGAUAUAUGGCCAAUAUACCACGUGUUGCAUCAUGCCUAAGAACAGCCCUUAACCGUGGUAUAUUGGCCAUAUACCACACCCCCUCAGGCCUUAUUGCUUAAUUCUACUGUUAAGUUACAUACUUUCAGUUGAACUGAAACGCUAGUCUUGCACCUUUACUUUGUGCAUCUUUUUGCACUUUGCACAUUUCAGGGCAUUGUGUCCUAAAUAAAUUAUAUAUUUGUUAAUCUGAGCCUCAGUUGAGGAUGUGUUUUAUGUUUCCGAGUGUGUGGGUUUCUAUCCCUUCCAUCGAAAAUAAAAUGUUUAUUUUUAGUAUAAGACUCACUACAUUCAAGGCCGUAAAGGAGAAAAACGUCUUCCCUUUGCAUUCAAUGAUGUCAUGGGUCUGGAGACAAAGAAAAAUGGGUUGCACCCUGAUGACAUCAUCAAUGCUCUGAAAGGCCAUCUACCUGAGGGUUAUGAGGUAAUUCAGAAGUCAUAAACAUACACACACACACACUAGUCAAAGAUGAAAAUUUGAUGCAAACAAAGUAGCAUCAUCUGACAAAUCUUAUAUUUUCUUGGCCAGUUCAAUCCAUUACACCCAUUAUCGGCCCAAAAAUAAGAAUACAUACAGAAUCCUGGUUUAAGUGGCAAAACUCAUUGUCUGGUGAGUAUUGUGACAGCGGACACAAUCUCUCUCAUGCAUAAGGAUGUCAUAGACAAGAUGAAGCACAUCAGGGCAGAAGCCAGUAAACUGGGUAAGUAAGCUCUUCAAACCCUUUAUGUUUCUUAGCAUUUCUAAUCUUAUCUUAAUGGUAACUGUAACUAUGGUUGGGUAUUCAGCUGUAGUAGCUCUUGACUUUUAAAUAUUACAUGACAGUGUUACUUAAGUUAGUCCUUAUAUUCAUUACUUAUAUAUUUAUAUGGCAGAAAUCCCUCAAAUUGUUGUCAUGACCAUGCCAGACAAGGCUUGUGAGCUGGUGAACAGGAAUGUGAAGAGAAUCUACUACAGCAAGGCAAUCAAAGAGAAGGUAAAUCACCUCAGAUCUGAUCAAAUUUCACAAUGGCCACGUUCCAGGCUGACUACAUUGCCAAAUCUCAUAACGCCUGGAUACGCUUUUACAUAUGAGCUGACCACAUCAUAUGAUAAAGCAAUUUGAUGCCCAAAGAUACAGUUGAUGACAUGGCACGCAACAAUUAGUUGAUGCAAUGCAACAUCUGCAAUGUAGUCAACCUGGAACGCGACCGUUAAACCUUGGUUGUGCUGACCUGAUCCAAGGAUCAUCCCUCAUGCUAAACUGAUCCAAAGAUCAUCCCUCACUUUGACCUGAUCCAAAGAUCAUCCCUCACUCUGACCUGAUCCAAAGAUCAUCCCUCACGCUGACCUGAUCAUCCCUCACACUGAGCUGAUCCAAAGAUCAUCCCUCACGCCGACCUUAUCAUCCCUCACGCUGACCUGAUCCAAAGAUUAUUCCUCACUCUGACCUGAUCCAAAUAUCAUCCCUCACGCUGACCUGAUCCAAAGAUCAACCCUCACGCUGACCUGCUCCAAAUAUCAUCCCUCACGCUGACCUGAUCCAAAGAUCAACCUUCACACUGACCUGAUCCAAAGAUCAACCCUCACGAUGACCUGAUCCAAAGAUCAACCCUCACGCUGACCUGAUCCAAAGAUCAACCCUCACGCUGACCUGAUCCAAAGAUCAACCCUCAUGAUGACCUGAUCCAAAGAUCAUCCCUCAUGCUGACCUGAUCAACCCUCACGCUGACCUGAUCAUCCCUCACGCUGACCUGAUCAUCACUCACGCUGACCUGAUCCUCCCUCUGUCUGACCUGAUCAUUCCUCACACUGACCUGAUCAUCCCUCACGCUGACCUGAUCCAGCCCUUUUGUCUUCAUCGUUUCUCAGAUGCAGAUCUGCAGUAAUGAGCUGGGCGUUCCCAUGAACUGCAUCUUG